CAGUCUUGAAGUCAGCAUGGACAUGAAUUUGUCAGCGCGUUGUGCUUUGGUUCUUUUUCUGUUGGCAUUUGUAGAUUUGAAAAUAGUCUCUGCUGCAGAAACGGAAGGCACAUCUACAGCAAAGCCUGGAGUGUGCCCUGUUAGACGAUGGGGCAUGGGGAUAUGUGCAGAGUUAUGUUCCAAUGACAGUGACUGCCCCAAUGACGAAAAAUGCUGCCACAAUGGAUGUGGGCAUAACUGCAUUGCACCUUACACAGCAAAGCCUGGAGUGUGCCCUCGUAGACCUUGGGGCGUAGGGACGUGUGCAGAGUUCUGUUCCAAUGACAGUGACUGCCCCAAUGAUGAAAAAUGCUGCUACAAUGGAUGUGGGCAUAACUGCAUUGCUCCGUACACAGCAAAGCCUGGAGUGUGCCCUCGUAGACGAUGGGGCGAAGGGACGUGUGCAGAGUUAUGUUCCAAUGACAGUGACUGCCCCAAUGAUGAAAAAUGCUGCCACAAUGGAUGUGGGCAUAACUGUAUUGCACCGUACACAGCAAAGCCUGGAGUGUGCCCUCGUAGACGAUGGGGCGAAGGGACGUGUGCAGAGUUAUGUUCCAAUGACAGUGACUGCCCCAAUGAUGAAAAAUGCUGCCACAAUGGAUGUGGGCAUAACUGUAUUGCACCGUACACAGCAAAGCCUGGAGUGUGCCCUCGUAGACGAUGGGGCGUAGGGACGUGUGCAGAGUUAUGUUCCAAUGACAGUGACUGCCCCAAUGAUGAAAAAUGCUGCCACAAUGGAUGUGGGCAUGACUGUAUUGCACCGUACACAGCAAAGCCUGGAGUGUGCCCUCGUAGACGAUGGGGCGAAGGGACGUGUGCAGAGUUAUGUUCCAAUGACAGUGACUGCCCCAAUGAUGAAAAAUGCUGCCACAAUGGAUGUGGGCAUGACUGUAUUGCACCGUACACAGCAAAGCCUGGAGUGUGCCCUCGUAGACGAUGGGGCAUGGGGAUGUGUGUGGAGUUCUGUUCCAAUGACAGUGACUGCCCCAAUAAUGAAAAAUGCUGCCACAAUGGAUGUGGGCAUAACUGCAUUGCACCUCUCACAGUGCCAAUCCUCCCAAAGGCAGGUCAGUGCCCGCGGCUUCUGAACGUGGUGCCAUCACAAAAGGGAUGCUUUUGCGAUGAGGACUGUCCUGGAGAUGACAAAUGCUGCGUAUUUGACUGCGGCGCAGUGUGUGUCCCACCUGCCUUCACAAAGCCUGGAGUGUGCCCUCGCAGACGAUGGGGUUCAGGGAUGUGUGCCGAGUUCUGUUCCAAUGACAGUGACUGCCCCAAUGAUGAAAAAUGCUGCCACAAUGGAUGUGGGCAUGAGUGCAUUGCACCGUACACAGUGAAACCUGGUCGCUGUGCCCUGCCUAAGGGGACCCCCAUGUGUGCUGAGUUCUGUUACCAUGACGGCCAGUGCCCCGAGGAACAGAAGUGUUGCCGGACAACCUGCGGCCACGCCUGCAGUGAGCCCUGCUCAUAGGACAGCAAGGUUUGGGUCUGGAGAGAAGUGACAGCACUCAUAGACUCCUCAAAUCAUAUCAAUAAAAAAAAGAAGAGUUCUCCUUCAAGAAGAGGAAUGCUUGUUUUUUUUUUUUAGGGGGGGGGUGUACUUGUUUGUAUUCCAAUCAAUAAAGCGGUAUGUGCAGCCUUUAUAUACAUUCCAGUA